GAGGAAAGCUGUUGGAUCUGCCUGGAAGGCACUGAGAAGGGCCCCCUGGAGCGGCCCUGCCCCUGCCCCCGCCUCGUACACCGUGACUGCCUGGGCCGUUGGCGGCUGCAGAGCGCCGGAAGAAGGCAAGAGAACCUGUGCCGCUUCUGCGGAUACAGCCUCCCGGGCCUGGAGGAGUCCCUCACGCCCGCCCACCUGCGGGCGACCCGAGUGGUAACCUACAUGGCCAUCAUACACAAGAACCAGGCACUACCUGUGCGGCCGGGGGCGGAGGGGAUGGCGGAGUUUCGCGCCCGCGUCCGGUGUCUGUUCGGGAUCCCGCCGGAUAAGCAAUUCAACGUCUCGUUUGAGUGCAUGGCUCCGAGCACGGGUGAGGUGCUGGUCAUGAACGGCAUGGCCUGCUUCGACGCUGCUGUCACGUGCGCCGCCAUCAGCGCCAAAAAGCGCGCGGUGGGCGAGGGCUGCGGC